CUGCGCGCCGCAGCGCAUCACUGCCAAAGCAGCAGCGGGUACCUGCAGAACCUGUCGGUGCAGGAAGCUCGUAGGUUUUAGUCGGUACUGCAGGCUGGCUGCUUCCAGUCUCGCUUCGGUUCCAUCAUGAGAGCGGUGUCCUUCAAGCGGCCGGUGCUGAUCGCGGGGUGCGUGGGGCUCCUGCUUUACCUGGGGAUGUUCCUGCGGACCGGGCAGGAGGCCAGGGAGAGGACCGGGAGGCAGCUGGACCCGGACCCGGACCGGGCCGUCAGGAGCUUCUCCGACCUGGAGCGAAGCCUCAACAACCUCACCAAGAUCCUGAGAGGAUUUGAGCGCAGACAGGAUGUGAUGCAGAAGAUCCUGGAGGAGGACCGAGACUCUCAGAGGAAGGUUGCAGACGUCCUGCAGCAGGCCCUGCAGAUCGGGGCGGGCCAGAAGGAGCAGCUGCAGCAGCACCAAGACGCUGCCGCCCCGCAGAAAAAGUCCAACAAACUGUUCCCCAGCUCGCCCCUCUUCAAGGACUGGGGGGAGAAUCUGUCCGAGGACGAGCAAAAAGAAGCCCAGGCACUUUUUGAGAAGUAUGGAUACAACGUUUUCCUGAGCGAUCGCCUUCCUCUGGACAGACCGCUGCCCGAUACCAGAGAAAAAGGGUAAAACUGACAACUGGUCCUCAUGUUUUCU